UUUAAUUUUAAUCUGUUCCAUUGCUGUACAUAAAGUAAAUAAUAACAACGAAAUGUUAUCAAAUUGUAUAAAACAAAAACUACAUCAGAAACAGUGGUGGUGAUAAAAGUUUUUAUCAAGAUAAUUCAAAAUGCAGUGGCGAUGGGAAUUUGUGUGCGGUCCUCAGGGACUAAGACCAUGGAACGAUAUAACAAAAGACUUUGGACAGUGCUUCCAGGAAUUAUUUAUUCAAAUACCAGUCUUUUUUAUCAUCGCCAUCAUAUCAGGUUUUUAUGUUGGAUAUAGAAAAAAUUGGGUGGUACGCGAAAAAGCUCAAGAAAGGGCAAUAGUACUUCGAAGUUUUGUCGUAUUAGCGUUAGUGUUUAUCCCCAUUAUAGAGUUAUAUGUUCUGAUUACCAAACCUAACUCUGUUUUGUAUCCUGUAAACUACUUUACUGCUGGUGCAUCAUGCCUCGCGUGGCUAUUUCACUUCGGUUAUGUGUUGGCGUUGAAACACAGAUUGGGACAAAGUGCUCGAGGACCCACUUCUCAGCUCUUAAUGUGGAGCUUAGCAGUAUUUGUGAAUGUGUUGCAUUGCGGAGCAGUAUAAUAACUGGGGGCUCUAUGAGUUUCAAUAUCGCUACAAUGUGCUGCCAUAUACUGUAUUUCAUGACACUUCUCCCAUCAAGUAACUCAAGGCCCACAUUCUAUUCACCAUGCCUGGUUGGUUCACAACAUACACAUAGUGAGUAUACUCCCCUACUCCCACAUAUGGAUGAAGGUGUACUGGGGACUGCUAUGCAAGGAGCUGGUUGUCUAUCAAGGCUAACAUUCUCAUGGGUGGACCCACUACUACAGAAAGGAUUAGAAAAUAAACUAAAUGAUCCAGAGGAACUGUUUGAUAUACCAGCCAAGUAUUGUUGUUCUUAUGUGGGAGCAAGGAUGGAUAGAUCACUUAUUGGCAAUGUGGACAAUUACCAACAGUAUGAGGAAGUACCACACGAACCUUUUAUAGGAUCAGG